CAGUCUAGCGGGCCGAAGCUGGAGUCUCUCCUGUCCCGAGACGUUCAUUCUCUUCAGUGUGAUUUCAGCAUUACUUUUAAUGAACGACCACGGUGCAUGGUUCAAGCCUUUAUGGGUACAGUGGAUGUGCUCUUAUAUGACUGUGACAACAAUGAGGUCAUGGCAGUGAAUGAUAAGUUAAAGGGCACAAAAACCUUGGAAGAUAUGAAACAUACACUGAAAGACAUGGGGGACUUGAUGAGAGAGAAACUACUUGACAUUAAAGCGGAGACAAAAAGAGCUCCUCCCACCCUGCAGGUCGGGCUGAUGUGCUGGUGUAACGCCAGUGGAAGCUGCAGUGGAUCUUCGGGGUUUGGUUUCGGUGGACAGAGGUUCCCGGUCUUUGACUCGGCGAGCGGAAAGUAUAUAGCGGAUAAUUCUGGAGACAAAGGGAUGAAAGAGAAUUUGGAGCAGGACAAGGAAGUGACCAUAGCCUUCCAAGUUACCUUCCUGGGAAACUGCAAGGAAUGGCUUACAGCCUUGGUGGACAGGGAGAGGGAGCUGGAGACAAGAGUCCUGUUCCUGGUACUGUUGUCUCUUCUCAGCAUCUUCUUCAUCUCACCACUUUAUUUCUGGAAAUCCUUCAAUGCCACCUCAAAUCAGCUCUUGAGAAGACUGCUCUACUGCCUUCCUCAUGUGUUACCUCCUCUCUGUCAUAGCAAGAGGGACUGGCAGCACCAACCGUGGCCCCGGCCCCGGCCAUGUCACCCACAGUUUCAGCCACGCCAGCCACCACCACAGCCACAGCUCAGUCCAAGGCCAUGAGCACCAUGUUUGCGCCUGUGAUCAUCCCUGUGAUCCUCACCUGCCUGAUCAUACUUGACUGUGUUCCGUUAUAAUAACAGGCCCACGGUGCUACCAAGGCGCCCCUGAUGGUGUGGUGUGCCUCAGCGACGCUGCCUCGCGGAUGCUGCCUCUGGGCGAGCUGCAGCUCAUUCUUAGGCCAGCAGGACUCAAUCCUUCCAAGUCCAGGGACUGCCAUCGACCAAAAUGCAAUAGGAAAUACUAUAUCUCAUGUCCUUUCUCAUGUCCUUUAUUACCUCAUUAUCUUCUCUGAUGCUUUAAAAAAACACAUCACGACACCUCGGGUGCUAAGAGAUUUAAACUUGAAUAUCUUCUGUUAGAAAUCUCAAAAAAUGCCAUGGCCUGUUUGGCUCAGUUGGUGUGAACAUUGUUCUGUAUGCUGAAGGGAUGCGGGUUCAACAAACAUCAGGGCUCAUGCCCAGGCUGCGGAUUCAAUGCCCAGUCAAGGAGCCUAUGAGAGGCAACCCAAUGAUGUUUCUCUGUCUCUCCUUCUCUCUCCCCCCUCUUCUCUCUCAAAAAUCAAUGAAAAGGUUUUCUUGGGUGAGGAUUAAGAAAAAAAAAAUCAGAACAAAGAGAAUAUUUUCCAUCUUUUCCUUUGUUUGUGGAAGAUGAGAUACAUCUCUGUAUAUAGCUUUGUUCAUGCAACUGAUAGUGCCAGAACGUAUAGAACUGAAGGCUUCCUUCUGUGUACUUGAAAACAAUCAUGCACUUUAAAAUAACAAAAGCACCUUUAUGUGAUAU